UGUGGCGAAUUUGAAUUUGCAGUGGGAGUUCUUGUGUGCUAGUUAUGGAUUCUCUGGCUGACGGGGUCAUUUCUGUACCCAAGGUUCGUUAUUCGGCACCUGAGGGAGGCAGUAACAUUCGUUCGACAACUGGGACUCCUCGUCCCUCUCAUCCUCCAUCUCCGAAACAAUUGAGAAGUGAAGUGGCUUCAUCCACGUCUAGUGUGGCGGCUCAUGCUUAUGAAGUGAAGACAGUAGGCUAUUCAAAUGGUUCUGUAAUUAAUCCCAACAAGGCACCUAACCAUAGCGCGCAGCAGGAAGAUUUACUCAGUAUGGGGAAACGGUACCAGGGUUCGAGUAAAGGCAAAGUUGAACAUGGAGGCACGGAUGAUGUUCUUGUUGAUCCAGCCGAAAGCUCUUAUCAGAGCAAGGUUUCUAUGGUGGAAGCAAAACCUCCCGUCCAGCAUCCUGUUGAUGAUUCUGAGGAAUUUGGUUCAAGCGGCUUACCAGAAUCUAGGAAUUAUGUUUUAGGUCCGGGUAAAGGAGUUGCCGGACGGAAAAAUGGCAACUUAGUUUCUCAUUCAGGAGUAGGGACUGCCUAUUGUCCAAGCCCUCAGAACAGCUUAUAUUCUGCUGCUCCCACUCUCUAUUGUGAAGCCAAACAGAGUUUUACCAAUACUGAAGUUAGUGAAUGUACAAGCAGCAUUGAGAAGUCUGCUGAAACUGAAAGUGAGGUCACUAAUUCCUGUGAGCUUAUCGAGAGCAGAAAGACCAGUAUGUAUAGAGGCAGCACCGGAAGUGAUGUUAGUGAUGAGAGCAGCUCCAGUAGUUUGAGCAAUAACAUGUACAAGCCCCACAAGGCGAAUGAUGUGAGAUGGGAAGCAAUUCAAGCUGUCCGAGAUCAUGAUGGGAUGCUGGGUUUGAAUCAUUUCAGGUUGGUGAAGAGACUGGGAUGUGGAGAUAUAGGCAGUGUUUAUUUGUCUGAACUGUCAGGCACUAGAACUUGUUUUGCCAUGAAGGUUAUGGAUAAAGCACAACUGGCAGGUCGCAAAAAGCUUUUGAGGGCUCAGACAGAAAGAGAGAUACUACAGUCUCUGGAUCACCCUUUCCUGCCCACAUUGUACUCCCACUUUGAGACAGAGAAGUUCACAUGCUUGUUGAUGGAGUAUUGCCCUGGAGGUGAUCUGCAUGCACUUAGGCAAAAACAACCUGGAAAGUAUUUUCCGGAGCAUGCUGCCAGGUUUUAUGUGGCUGAAGUUCUGCUUGCUUUGGAGUAUUUGCAUAUGCUUGGGAUCAUUUACAGAGACCUCAAACCAGAGAAUGUUUUAGUGAGGGAAGAUGGACAUAUAAUGCUUUCAGAUUUUGACCUUUCAUUAAGAUGUGCUGUUUCCCCCACCCUGGUUAGAUCUUCAAUCGCAAGCAUGGAGACAAAGAAAUCAGCAUAUUGUGUUCAGCCUGCAUGCAUCGAGCCAACUUGUGUAAUGCAGCCAGAUUGCAUUACGCCAGCUUGCUUUGCUCCACGCUUUUUCUCAAGCAAGCCCAAGAAGGAGAAGAAGAAGACCAAACCAAAGAAUGACAUAUAUAAUCAAGUGAGCCCUCUCCCUGAGCUUAUUGCAGAACCAACAAGUGCUAGAUCAAUGUCCUUUGUGGGAACACACGAGUACCUGGCACCUGAAAUCAUUAAAGGUGAAGGCCAUGGAAGUGCUGUGGAUUGGUGGACAUUUGGGAUCUUUCUCUAUGAGCUUUUAUUUGGCAAAACUCCAUUCAAGGGAGCAGGGAACCGAGCUACUUUGUUUAAUGUGGUUGGGCAGCCUUUAAGAUUUCCAGAGUCGCCUAGUGUCAGCUUUGCAGCGAGGGACUUGAUCAGAGGUCUACUUGUGAAAGAGCCACAGCAUCGUCUUGCUUAUCGGCGUGGGGCUACAGAAGUGAAACAGCAUCCGUUUUUCCAGAGUGUGAAUUGGGCACUAAUCCGGUGUACAAAUCCGCCUUCGGUGCCACCAAAACAGAACCCGUUGGACAUUUCUCCACGACCUGAUACUCCGAAAGCAGCCAGCACAGACGGGAAGGUACCAGGUGUUGAUUUGAAGCCUUCUGGUAAUUAUAUAGAGAUUGAUUUCUUUUGAUUCUUCCUAUCCUUUGUUUUCUUUGGAUGAACCAAGCUCCAACCGAUUCAUAUGGGGUGCUACAAAUCAAUGGUUACUUUCCAUUGCAAGGAAUAUACAAUUUUUGUAGUUCCUUUGAUUUGCAAAUGUAAAACUGCACCAUUAUCAUGGUAAGCUCUCGAUUUUACAGCA